CCCACGCCCUCCUCUCCGCUCGGGGUGUGUGGAGGUCACGUGGUGCCUCCGCGUUCCGAAGUGGGUGGGACCCUUUUCAUUCAUAAAUCCUGGUUUUGCCCCCCUUUUAAAUCACAAUUAAAUUGGUUCAGAGGGACGGGUGCGGGGACUCCCUUCCAAAUGAUGAUGAUUUAGCCGUCUCUUGGAGGUUUUCUUCGCUUGCUUUAUUUUUGCACCAGGGAGGAAGAUGAUCACUGACUAGUCGGACCUUCACAGCUGGGCGGCGAAGGAGGAAAUCCCCCCAUCCAGGGAAGAGAAGAGAGUACCCACCGCCACCGUCUUUUCAUCAUCUUCCUCCUCCUCCUCCUCCUCUCCAGAGGUCCCCAGAGGCUGGAGCCCAGAAUGCAAUGAGGGGCAGAAGCCGCUACCCACCCCCACCAUUGGGAUUUUGGGGGGCCAUGUGAGCUCUGGGGGGGAGCCAAGGCGGCCUGGAGAGCAGGCGAUAGAGAAUCGGAGGACGAGUAAAAGAGAGGAGGAAAAAAGAAGAAGAAGAAGAAGGCCAUCGCCUGGGCUGCCUGCUCUUUUCCCUCUAUGCAGACCCUCCUUCCCUUCCACGGUGGACCAUGAGCCAGGAUGCGUCCAGCGCCUGGGAGAACGCCACGGCCAGUGGGGUGACGACAGUGCCGACUGAAGUGAGCGCCCAGGAUGGCUACGUCCUCCUCUUGGUCCUUCUCUCCAUCUUCAUCGGGGGCACCCUGGUUCUCAUCUUCGGUGUCCUGAUUGUUUGCCGGCGCUGCUGCGAGACGGACCGCCGGCACUCCCGAGCCAGCGAUGACCCGGAGAAGACAAACACCACAUACUUAGAGGACACCCAACCAGCUCAAGACAUCACCAUCAAGGUGGAUGAUCCAGAGUGCACGUCCAGCUCCAGCUACCGGGAUGCGGAGAGUGAGAGGUUCCUGUCCUCGGGCAGCGCCACGGGCCGACGGGUCUCCUUCAACGAAGCUGCCCUCUUUGAGCAGAGUAAGAAGACCCAGGAGAAGGGGAGAAGGUACACUCUGACCGAAGGAGAUUUCCACCACCUCAAAAACGCCCGCCUGAGCCACCUGCCUUUGCCGCCCUCGGCCGCCCUCAAGAUCGUCACCAUUCACGAGUGCGAAUCCAAUGAGAAUAGCAUUGCUAUGACGCCCCGCCACCCGCCCACCAAGCCGAGCCUUGCCAUAUUCCAGCCGACGGGGACCGCCUUGCCUCAGACGGCGCUCACCGGGCACGGCUCGGCCCUGCCGGGGGACACCUUCAACUCCACCGUCGAGGCCAGUCCCUCCCUCUCCUCCGACUCAGGCGAAGGGGCCUCGUCGGAUGGCACAGUCAGGAGUCCAAAAGGUGCCAGACCCGGAAGUGCCAGUGCCGCUGAAACUACCCCGCCACCUGCUCAGGGCACCGUCCUCCACUUUUUCACCCGCUUGCGCCGUCAUGCCAGCCUGGAAGGAGCAAGUCCCUACUUCAAGAUCAAGAAAUGGAAACUGGAGACCAGUCAACGUGCUUCCAGUCUGGAUACACGAGGGUCCCCGAAGCGCCAUCAGUUCCAGCGCCAACGAGCCGCGAGCGAGAGCCUGGACCAAGAGGACCGGGACGCGCACCAGACUGACAUCAUCCAGUACAUCGCCCGGACGGACGACGUUGUGUUCCGCCCGGUGGCCGGUGGGCCUUUCCUGCCGGCUCCGGCCAGCCCGCCUUUAUCUCUCGGCAGUAUCCAGAUCCUGACAAGCUGUAAAGAGAAAAAAUGGCCAUCAGCCAGGAGGGAUGGGAGUUGUCAUCUGAAAGGCCUGAUGGCUUACGACGAACAAGCCGGGCUGGAUUUCCGAGGGGGGAGGCCGUGGCUCAUGGGGGGCAUCAUCCUCCAGCAGCCAAGGAGGAAGCAGGCCAGCACCCUGCCUGCCCUGAUGGGUGAAAUAAAGUCAUAUAAAGCCCCGGAGAUGCCCACCCUGCCACCUCUGGGCUUUUUUUUGCCCAGCCACCUAGCCCCCCCCGAGCCGCCCGCCCCGCCCGCUGCCCCUGCCGAGCCCCCCGCUUUGGAACAGCUGCCCACCCCGCUCUACCACGACAUCUGGAGCCUGCGGGCCUCGCUGGAGCUGUACGCCUCGUCGGAGCCGGGCAACGACCGGGACUCGGUGCGCAGCGAUGGGGGCGACAGCAGCCUCUCCUCCGGGGGAGGCUUGCCCAGCUUCCCGUCCUCGCUGGCCGACGAAGCCAAGGGAGGGGGCGACGACCGGCCAUGGGGGAAGCCCAAGCAGGAGAGCCUGGAGUCGGAGGCCGGGACCCGCAAGUUGCUGCAGAUGGACAGCGGGUACGCCUCCAUCGAGGCCCGAGGCGGGGAGGACCAGACCGCCUCGGAGAAGCGGCACUGUUUCACCAGCGCUGGCCGGAAAGCCACCCUUUUCGAGAGCUUAGAGGACCAAGAAUGGCUGGAGGAGGAAGAGCCGGAGGAUGUGGCCGCUGUGGGGGGCCCGCCCCCCCACAGCCCGCUGGUCUGGGCCCCCUACGGGCAGACCUUCCCUGCCCGGGAGGCCUGGCCGCGCCGGGACUACAGCAUCGACGAGAAGACAGACGCCCUCUUCCACGCCUUUGUCCGCCACGACCCCCAGUUCGACGAGUCGCCCCUGCGGGCCAAGCACCGCUCCCGGACCCACCUCCGGAAGCAGUGGCAGCGGGCUAAGCAGUACAGCGACCCCGGCGUCCGCUACCCCUCGGCCCUCGAGCGUCACCGGACCCCCUUGCGGCGCGGCGACAGCGUCAACUACCCCCUGGAGGGGCGCUACCAAGGCACCCUGCCCCGCAUCGUCAGCUCCGGAGACGAGGAGGUGGGCUCGCCGGCUUCGGAGGCUGGGGACACGAUCCAGGUCAUCGAGGAGGAGCCGCCCGAGGAGGCCAAGCUAGUGGCCGACCCGUACGGCGACGACUGCCUCGAGGGUGGGCAGUGCCCGGCCUUGAGCCCCCUCGGCACUGACCUGAUGGACAAGAUCUCGGGGGGCCUGGGGGACAGGUUCUACAUGCACUUGAGGAAACCCCGAGAGAGCCCCGAGCACGUGGUGGCCGUGGCGGAGGCUUCCCCCGACCAGAGUCCAGAGUAGAGGGAGGAGGAAGAUGUGGCCAAGCCCACGAGGAGGUGGCCAACCUUCCUUGUUUCCCCUCUCUCCAGCUCUCUCUCGUGCCUCCUGGACUGGGCAGGGCUGCUGUGGACCUUGCCAGCCAGCCGGGGGAUGUAUGGCGCUCCGGCAAGGACCGGGGCGAGGCGCCAUCUUGGAGGAGCACAGGGGCGUCCUCUCUCUGACGUUCCCGCCCUGCUGGGUUGCACAUGGAGGGCUAGCAGGAGGCACCGGCCACUGCUGAAGCUCCGUGAGCAGAGGGCCUGUAGACCGCGCCUUCUCCUAGCCGGAGGGCCGAGUCCGCCAGACAUGGGGAGCACCCCUCCUGCAGCCUCCAGGCUGCCCCAGGCCUGCCUUCUGGCCGUGAGCACCAAGGAGGGAGACGGCACCCUGGCCACCGUUGGCGGGCACCUCUGAUCCCUCCCCGGAGGGUGUGUGUCUGUGUUUGUGUAGGGAGGGGGGUGGAUCCUCCAGACCAGGUCUUCCCCUCCUCACCUGCAGGCCCACCGAUUUGCCAAAGCAGGGGCCUCUCCGGCGCCGCCAGGAAAUGCCGUUUUAAGGGUCUCUUUUCCCUUCCGGCUGAGACAGGAAGGUGCCCCAAACCUAGCGAAGGCCCAGCGUUUACCUCACACUGGCUCAGAGCUCCUUGUAGCAAAUAUGACGGCUCUUUCCCCCCCCUCCUGUGCUCGCUCUCUCUUGUUUUUCACGAGCAAUAACCACGGCCUCUCCAUGCCUUCCACCCUCCUGGCUCGCUCACUCGCUCAAGUGUCCUCGUGGCGGGAGGUCCCCGAGAAACCCUGCCUUCCAGAUGGGACAACUUCCUGCUCCUGGCUGGAGCGGGACCUUUCCAACCCUUCUGUCGUCGUUCUUCUCAAGAGCUCUUUCGGGUGGUGCAAAACAGGACGAAAAUGAGCCAGCCUCUUCCCAGCCGGGGUUUCUGGGCAGCCGGCCACGAAAACCACCUUUUCUCUUCCGGUCCUCGCUCUUCGAUCCGAGUCUCCAUUUCCCCCAGAUGGGUUCCUACGCUCUCCUCUCCCACUCGGAUCAGAGUUGACCCUUUCCAAGGACAUGGCCGAGAUCCUACGGACAUUUAUUGGCCAUGGAUCUGGUAGUGAGUGAUCCAGAGGGAAAUGGCGUCUAGCUCAAACAGCUCAGGUUUCUAGUCCUCACAAGGUCCGGCUUGUAAAAAGAACGGGGCCGUCUCGUCGGUCUGUGCACAAAGGCAUCCAAUCUUUCCAAAUAUGGGCAAAGCGGGUGUGUUAACUUGUAUGUGUGUGUUUUUUCUAAACAAUUAUUUAUUCGUGGACAUGGUGAUUUUGUUUUGGAAGAAGAAUGCAGAUUUAUUUUGUUGCACCUUUAAAGCAGAUUUUAUUAUUAUUAUUAUUAUUUAAAAUUUAUUUUAAUUUAACUGAAUUGUGCCAGCAUGGGAGCAAGAGAAGGCAACAAAAGAAAUAUCGGGGUGGGGUUUGGGGUGGAAUGAGUUGAAACUCGUAAUUCUGAGCAUGAAAGGGCAGGACUGUUAAAUCCUGCAAACUUUUUUGGGGGGUUGUUGCUUCAAAUCCUUUUGUUUUAUGCUUGAAGUAUUUGCAUGCCAACCUGGCAUCUGCUUGGUUGGAUUAUUGUUUGAAGGGGAGGGGGGUGUUCGCUGAGGGUAGGGGGCUAAGAUCUCUCUCCCCUCCCGCCUUGGGGGCAUUUUUUGUGGCCCAAGCUCCCCUUUGUGCCUCACAGGGCAGAAAUGUGGGGUGUGAGAAAGGACAAGAAAAGAACUUCUUAAAAACCGAAACCACGCAGUAACAGACGGCUACAAAUGAUCCAUCAGAUCCUUUUUCAAAUACUUUUCAGAUGACGUCUGACUGUCCUUGGGGGAUCGGGGGGGGGGAAGAGGCAGGCAGGAGGCGGCCCAUUUUUCCGUGCUGUGUCCAGCAACACAACCAAACCCAUCAACUUCCUUUUGGAAACAGACUUUAUUAAAAUAAACGAUGU